GAGGAUAACUUAGAGCCAUUCACAUGACUUGCCAUCCUACACCUUCCUACAGUCCCUCCAGGAAUCCUUUGGAUCCUCUGCCACACGGGAGAGAGAGACACCUGUUUCAGGAGGGGUGAGGUGAAGGGAGCGAAGGAGAAGAGGGGGAGGAAAGGAGGAGAGGCUGUUGUUGCGGUGUGAGAGCAGUACAGUAGUGGAGGACUGGACACAGAGAAGUGGGCUUCUGUUUUCUACUCUAGGGGACUGUAAGCGAAGAAAGAAUUGAGGAGAGCAGAGGAGGAAUGUGUGGAUUACAGUAGCAAGUACCAACAGACUAAAAUUAAAGAGGAGAAAAGUAUUUGAUUGAGUAGGAAAAAAAGAGAAAGCAACCGAACAAAUAGUAGAGAGAGAAAACGAGAGAGAAAGAGAGAUUGAUAGAGAGAGACAGAGAAAGAGAGAAAAAAAAGAGAUUAAGGGCAUACCGCUGCAGGUGUGCGGCGCUAAACAGUGUGCCAUAGGGAGAGAGAAAGGAGACUGACUGUUCGCAGCGUGCUGAGUGGAGUUACCGUGGUGACCAAACCGUGAAUUAGUACCUUCUCUUCUACAGUGAACCCUCCUGAACCUCCGCUAACCAAUCACAGGGAGAGAGAAGCAGAGGGUAGAGGUGUUACAUGGAACUUUAUUUACAACCUAUAAGUCUACCUGGCCCUAAUAAGGAGGUGCAGUUGAUACAGGUGCAGUACAGGGACUGUGUAAGGGUGUUAGGUUACUGUUGAGUUGCGGUAGGUAGAGAGUGUUGACAGGUCAAUUGACAGGUUGAUUGACAGGCGUCAGGUUAAGGUGAUGUCUGUGGAGCGGGGCCAGGGACGUGGCCACUCCCCCUCUGACUCGGAAGAAACCAACGGGCUGCAGGUGGAUCCUGAACCAGAGGAACUGGACUGGGAUAGCUUUAGUACUGCAUUGGAACAGAGACUGACUAUUGAGCAGGAGUGUGCCCAGGCGUCAGAUCACCGUUGUGCCCAGCUGGAGAAGGCCCAGCGUGGGCUGGAGCUGCAGCUGUCUGGCCUAUCUGAGCGCCUGGAGGAGGAGGAGGCGUGCUCGACCCAGCUGGCCCACCACAGAGAGAGGCUGGAGGCAGAGAACAGCAGCCUCAGACGAGACCUGGAGGAACUGGAGAGUGCUCUGACUGCCACCGAGAGAGACAAACAGUUUUCAGACGGCUCAGUCAGGAAGCUUUCAGAGGAGCUGUCCCAGAGAGAGGAAGCUGUCCAAAAGCUUCAGAAGGAGAAAGAACACCUGGUGGAGCUCAGCCAGCAAGCCAUUGAGGAUCUGCAGAGCGAGGAGGAGAAGGUGAACCUCCUGACCAAAGAGAGGGCAAAGUUACAGGUGCAGGCGGAAGAUUUGGAGUACCUGUUAGAGCAGGAGCGGCAUCAGCGCGGAGAGCUGGAGAAAGGCAGGAGGAAGCUGGAGGGAGACAGCAGGUCCACUCUGGAGAGCCUCACUGAGAUGGAGAGGAUGAGGAGCAGCCUGGAGGAACUCAUGAAGAAGAGAGAUGUGGAGAUAACCAGCACCAGUACCAAGCUGGAGGCAGAAGAGGCCCUAAACAUCAGCCUGCAUAGGAGGAACAAGGAGCUGCAGGUCCGUACCGAGGAGCUGGAGGAGGAACUGGAGACAGAAAGAACCAUGAGAGCCAAGGUGGAGAAGCAGAGAGCUGAUCUGACCAGAGAACUGGAUGACCUUACUGACCGACUGGAGGAGGCAGGGGGAGCCACAGCUUCACAGAUUGAAGUAAAUAAAAAGCGGGAGGCGGAGCUCCAGCGUCUGAGAAGGGACUUGGAGGAGUCUUCUAUCCAAUCAGAGGCCCUGGCUGCGUCUCUAAGGAAGCGUCAUGGUGAUGCGAUGGCAGAGCUGGGAGAGCAGUGUGAGAGUCUCCAGAGGACCAGGGCCAAGCUGGACAAGGAGAAACAGAGUCUACGCAUGGAGUUGGAGGACCUUGCUGCCUCACUGGACACCCUGCAGAAAGUCAGGAUGUCGACAGACAGCCAGCUGAGGAAGCUGGAGGAGCAGCUCUCUGAGGCCAACACCAGAGGAGACGAUCUGCAGAAAGCCCUGACUGAGGUCAACGUAGCCAGGAACAGACUAACAGCCGACAACACAGACCUGGCCAGACAGCUGGAGGAGGCUGAGAGCAGAGCCAGCCAGGUCUGUCGCUCCAAGACCCUGAUUGUUACCCAACAUGAAGACAUCAAGAAACAGAUGGACGAGGAGCUUAAGUCUAAGCUGGCCCUGGCCAGCAGUCUGGCAGGGCUGCGUCAGGAGUGUGAGGUGUUGAAGGAACAGCUAGAGGAGGAGCAGGAGAGCAAGCUGGAGCUGCAGCGUUUCAUCUCCAAACUCAACACCGAGGUCACACAUUGGAGGACCAGACAUGAGGCGGACGCCAUACAGCACUUGGACGAACUGGAGGAGACCAAGAAGAAGCUGGCGUCUCGGCUCCAGGAGGCUGAGGAGGCGGUGGAGGCCACCCAGGCUAAGUGCUCCUCUCUGGAGAAGACCAAGCAGAGACUCCAGGGAGAGGUGGAGGACCUCUGCAUAGACCUGGAGAAGGCUAGUAAUUGUGGCCAGGCGCUGGAUAAGAAACAGCGCAUCUUGGAAAAGCAGCUGGGCGACUGGAGGCAGAAGUGUGAGGAGCUGGUGCUGGAGGUGGAGGGUUGUCAGAAGGAGAGCAGACAGCACGCCACGGAGCUCUUCAAACUGAAGACGGCCCAUGAAGAGGCUCUGGAACAGGGAGAUGCCCUACGCAGAGAGAACAAGGCCUACCAGGAGGAGAUAGUUGACCUGACUGACCAGCUCUCGGAUGGAGGCAAGAGUGUCCACGAGCUGCAGAAGACGAAGAAGAAGAUAGAGAUGGAGAAGGAGGAGCUGCAGGCCUCAUUGGAAGAGUCUGAAGCUGCCUUAGAGGCUGAGGAGACCAAGGUGCUGCGUCUGCAUCUGGAACUGUCCCAGGCUAAAGGAGACAUGGAGAGGAGACUCCAGGAGAAAGAGGAGGAGUUUGAGGCAGCAAGGAAGAGCCACCAGAGGGCGCUGGAGUCCCUUCAGGCCAGUCUGGAUGUGGAGGUCAAAGGUCGUGGUGAGGGGUUGAGGGUGAAGAAGAAGCUGGAGUCUGACCUAAAUGAGCUGGAAGUACAGGUGGACCUGUUCACCAAGAACAACAUAGAGCUCACCAAGAACACAAAGAAGAUGCAGCAGCAGAUCAAGGAACUGCAGGGCCAAUUGGAGGAGGAGGUGCGUGGGCAGGAAGAGCGGAGGGAGGAGCAGACCGUGUUGGAGCGACGCUGCCUCCUGCUGGUGAGCGAGGGAGAGGAGACACGUGGUGCGCUGGAGAAUGCUGACAGACAACGCAAAACCUUAGAGAUUGAGCUUACAGAGACCAACGAGAGGUACAACGACCUCAACAACCAGUUCCAGUCAGCGCUGAGUGGUAGGAGGAAACUGGAUGUGGAUUUACAGGCACUGCAGCAGGAGCAUGAGGAGCUGCAGAAUGAACUGAGAGGAGCCAAUGACAAGAUCAAGAAGGCCAACUGUGAGGGAGCACGUGUGUCAGAGGAACUGAGGUUAGAGCAGGACCACACCCUGCACAUGGAGCGGGUGAAGAAGGGUCUGGAGGCCCAGUUAAAGGACAUGGGCACCAGGCUGGACGAGGCUGAGCAGAUGGCCCUCAAAGGAGGCAAGAAGAUCAUCCAGAAACUGGAGGGCAAGGUAAAGGAGCUGGAGUCGGAGCUGGACUCGGAGCAGAAGCGUCACGCUGAGACGGUGAAGACGCUGCGUAAGAAUGAGCGUCGUCUGAAGGAGCUGCUGUUCCAGUCCGAGGAGGACCAGAAGAACCAACACCGCAUGCAGGAACUUGUGGAGAGACUCCAGAACAAGAUGAAGGCCUACAAGAGACAAGUAGAGGAGACGGAGGAGCAGGCCAACAUGAACCUCGCUAAGUACAGGAAGACUGUACACGAGUUGGAUGAUGCUGAAGAAAGGGCAGACAUCGCUGAGUCAGCCCUCACCAAGAUCAGGACCAAGAACCGCGGUAGCUUCAGCAAGGGAUACUCGUCUGGAUACAGCACUCCGUACCCCGGGGGGAUCGUGAGGUCACCCAGUUCCGUGGGGUCAGAGGGUAGAAGUGAGAAGAUCAUCAACGAUGACAAUGACUCGGUCAGCUCCCUCAUCCCAGCUUAUCUCAACUCCCUGAAGAAACUCAUGAUAGACUAGCACCUAGGGAGGGAGUCAGUUGGAUAUACCAAACAUUCCAGAGCAAAGAAACAUGUACUGUCUUACAUAUGUAGGAUCUUAAUUUGAGACAGUUUGCUGCAGCAGGAAACGUGCAUUAUAAUUCAUGGACAUUUUUGAAGGGGUUGAUACAUUUUUCAUUUGGGCAAAUUAAGUCUGACAUUUGAAAGUGGAAACUAAACUUUAGAAGACUUUUUAAAAUUCAAGAACUACAAGAUUGUGUUUCCUGCUGUGCAGGACAAUUCUCAAAUUAAGAUCCUACAUUUGUAUGUUUUACUUUUAAAUCCAAACCAAUUUCCCUGCAUACAUGCAGUGUCAGACAUUUCAAAGCAAUAUUUUUUUCUGGAUUUUGUGGUAUACAAUACAUACAGUUGUUGUCAGAAGUUUACAUACACCUUAGCCAAAUACAUUUAAAAACUGUUUUUCACAAUUCCUAACAUUUAAUAAUCCUAGUAAAAAUAAU